AAAACACAAAAAACACAGCACAUAAGUCAACCUUAAUGAUGUCUGAAUCACGGUGAGCACGGCUGGUGUCGGACAGAAAGAUGCAUCCACGUACAGACGCGCUCAGCCUCCGAAAUGGGAUUUAUUUUAAGGAAACUUUGUGCGGAGUUCAACAAGUCAGGAGCUUUCUGGUCAGACUUUGAGCCUCUUUUCCUCCUUCAUGGAUGGAAAUUAAGCGGAAGGAAAGCAAUGCUGGGAUAUUCGCGCUUGCGUCAGUUUCCAUAAGGUGUAAAGUUUUGUAAAGUUUUGAUUUGUUGUGUAAAACACAGCCGGGUCAAUGGGGACGCGGCGUUAGUUUACAGGUUGUAAAAGCAAACACACACAAAAAGGCUCUGGAUAUAUCGAUGAACUAAAAAAAACAAACAAACAACGAGGGAAUUUAAACGCCAAAAAUUCGAGAGGGAAGAGAGACAGGAUGGCAGAGAAGGAGACGCAAAGUAAAGCUGCGGUUUACCGGAGUGUCUCUUUCAAAAAGCUGCACAACUGGAAGGCCAAUAAAAGGGGUUCAGGCGCCGAAGAUCAGCGCCACGGCUCGGAGGAUUUGGAGACUGGAGGAGCCCUUCCCCCUCCGGCUGCACAGCCCUUGGAUAUGCGCAGUUCUGCUGUGGCUAGAAAAGUUUCCAAAAUCUCAGCAGCCAGCCUCUCGAGGGCAGAGCUGAAGAAGGGCUCCACUCAUACCAUUUCACCCUCAAUCCGCCAGCUCUCGGAAAAGUUUGGAACCAACACAAAUUCAAGCAGCACUUCAGUCCUUCAGUCUACAGUUUCACACAGGAUUAGAUCUCCAGAUGAUUCAUCUUCCCAGGACAUUUUAGGAUGUUUCCCUGAUCAGAGCAAAAAUCUUUCUGGAACACUGACAGACAAAGGUUCGGAUCAUAAGUGUCAAGAGUCCGUCUCUGGCUCGGAUUCGGAUAGAGGUCAUAAAAGGAGGGUUCGAAAGAUUGGAGGUGGCACAAGGGCAGGUAAGACUGAUCAUUCUGAAAUCAGUGAUGGCUCUGACAGCUUUAGUGGUAACACUAUAAAUUCAGAAGAUGAUGUUUUUGUCCUAGGAUUUUCAACAUGCAAGUCUUAUCGCCGCCAUCGCUCUUCCCAAGGUGAAACUAUUCACAUAGAUUCGAGCUGGCCGAGCGUUACAAAAAUUAGAGAGCUUUUUGGGGAUGGUCACAGAAAGAAGAACAAGUCUAUGUCAGAUGGAGAGGACUUGAAAUCUGAUGACUAUCACAUUCACCAUUCUUACAGCACAAAAGACGGCAACUCGUCUUCAGACAAGAGCGACAGGCAGUCGCCACUGCAGUCAAGAGGACACUGGCAGGACACAAACAGUUCAGAUCAUGAUGUUAACAGACAAAGGGGUAUGGACUCUGGUUUUAGCACAGAAAAGCAUUCUCAUGAUGGUGAUCUUAGCUCUGUGACAAGAAAACAAUUAGCAGAUAUAAGUAGGGUCGAGACGCAGAAAAGUAGUAGAAAGGGCUGGACAGACAGUGACCCCCGACCCACUCCACCCACCCCUCCACCUCGCACUAGUUCUGUUGCACUGCCUCUCAGGUCCCAUUCAUGUGCUUACACUGAGCAGGAGCAGAGACAGGGGACGAAGCAGCCGCAGCCAUCAGAUAGUUUGCAUUCUUCACAUAGUUCCACAAAACCACAGACGGGCUCCUCCGUGGAACCGAUCAGCACUCAUGAGAGAUUGAGCUCGGGAGAAGAGGAGGACGAGUCUGAAGGGCAGAAAGAUAGAAAAACACGUUUGUUUGUGCAAAGCAGUGAAGGAACUGGAACACAUGUUUUCAGGAACAAGCAUGAGGCCUGGAUCAAACUCUCUCAUAGGUCUUCAGGUAGUGAGGAAGAUAGCCCAGCAGGAUUAGCUCAUCAAGUUCGGCGUCGUUCCUUGAGAAAAAAAAAGAAAAGCAAUUGCAGUAGAGAGAAUGAGGAAUCUGAUGACAGUGACAACCAACCCCUGAUGAUGGAGCACCUGGAGCGCCCCCAGCGUUUAUGUGAUUCCCAAAUGGAGGGACAUAGGCUUGACAGUCUGCGGUCUAAGGGCUGCGUUAGUGGACAAAUGUGGGAGAGAGCACGAGGGUCCUCUGUGGUUCAGGACAGUUAUAGGAAUUUGUGUAAAGCUUCUGAAGGACAAGUUGGUCCCAGUAAUGUCCCAUUUGUAUCACGCGUGUCAAAAGUAACCAUUCCCUCAUUUCUUUCCACACCCUUGGGGUCACGCUGUAGUAGCAGAUAUUCCAGCACUGAAACUCUGAAGGCUGAAGAUCUCAUGAGUUCAACCUCCAAUAGAGCCUCAUCUUCUGUCCUAAGCAAAACAUAUCAUGGCAAUGCUACUAUGUACCGCUCACCUAGUUUUGGACAUGGAGACAAUUUUUCUCGUGCUCCUGUCCGUGUACGUUCACGGCUGGUGCCUAGCUUGAAUCAAGGAGAAGACACCCCCAAUGCUGCAGAAAGCAGACUAGGUCACCGUCCUGUCAGUCAUGAAAAAGAUAAAGACAGAGUAUCAAUGUCAAAUCCUGAUAUUGCUUCAGAAACUCUGUCACUGCUGAGUUACCUGAAAACUGAUUUAUCCGAGCUGAGGAUGAAGAAGAGAGGUCAAGAUGCUGAGGAAAGUCUGAACUCAAGCAAUCUGGGUCUUCAGAGCACACCAACUAUGUACAGAAUGGGCUCAAGAACUGCAGGGCUGAACUCUAGAAGGCCCUCACUAAAGGACCUCACUGCUACUUUGAGGAGGACCAAGUCUUUCACUUACUCAGAGAAAACUGUAGGGUCAGCUUUAAGGAGUUCCUCUGAGCAAAGGCUGGACUGUGAAAGUGAUGUCGAUCGUGUAGUCAUAUCUGAUAGAGAGGUGGAGAGUGAUGAUUGCAGAGGUUAUGACUAUGAAGAGCCAAUGCCAACCCCUCUACAAGAUCACUACAUUCAGGAAGCAAGACAAGUAAUAAGAGAUAUUUGUCAAAUGAGUGCUAAUAAGGAUUAUGAUGAUGAUGAUUAUGAUAACGAUAAUGAUGACAUAGCAGGGCUUAAAAGAAAUGGGAAUUUUGACAUGGUGGGAACUAAUAAAGAAGCUAAUAAUAUGAAGCAAGUGGAGAGGAUAGAUGGACAGAUUGUAGAGACUGUAAACAAAAAGCAAGCUGAUAGAGAAAGUGGGAAAUGUUUAACAAAAGGAAAUUCAGGAGAGAAAAUUUUUGGUGAUAAGUCAUUGGAUGAACUUUCAGGACAUGAAUCAAGUCUGACAGAUGAAGGAAUUGUCACAGAGCCAGAGGCUGGCUUAUAUGGAGGGCUAUCUUCUGGCACAGACUUGCUAGGCCAGACCCUCACUGUUUGGACUCAGUCUGGACUGUAUGAGGAACAGUCACACAACAUGAUGCUGGAGAAGUCUCUAUCUACUCCUGCCUCAUCUGUGAGGACAGAAUAUGAGGCAGUAGCUAUAGGUGGAGAUGUAAGCAUCAGCAAAAAUCAGGCUUCUUUAGAGGCUCCGCCUACUCCUAGUGCUCUUCGAAGACGGAGGAAAUUCUCCUCAGCUGCCAACAAUGGCUCAGACUCCAGCAAUGGCAGUAAUGGGGAGUCAAUUGGCGAGUCUGCUUACCGUUCUCUCAGCGAUCCCAUGCCACAUCGAAGUCGCUCGGUGGCAGAGGAUGGUAGUAACAGCUUUUCUGUGGACAGCAACCUACUUGGCUCACUCUCUCUAAACUCAAAGGUUGGUGUAAGUGCAGAUUCCUCUGCAGCUGAUCUGUCGGAGUGUACUGGCAGUGCAGCUAGUGACCUGUCAGUGUAUAAUGACUCGCUGCGAGAUUAUAGCACCGUGAUACAGAGCAUAGUGCAUGAACCCGGUGCAAUGGACAAGCUCAUCGAUGAGAAGGCAAAUGGAAAAGCAGUGAAAAAGAAAAGCUUUAGUGACCCCAGCAGGCGGGGUGAACUGGCUUCUCCAGCUCUUGAAGUCCAAAAACAUUCUGACGAACCUAUUAAUGAGUUGGAGCAGCCCAUUCCUCCUUCAAGCAGUGAGCCGAUCCUGUCAGAGCAAAGAGAUGAGCUGUGGGAGCUAAACAGUGAGCAGUAUCGGCAGUAUUCGAACAGGAGUUCACAGUCCCACUCAGAACAUGUUUUACCCUCCCAUCUUGACCGCAAUGGAGUUAAUAAAAUGUGCAAUGAGGAGCCAAAUUUGCCCUUUGACCCAAAGCUGGCUCAGGUGUUGUCUCCUUGCAUAAGCCGUCGCGGUUACAAGAAACGCACACACCGUGUCAUGCAUCAACAGUCUUGCGAUGAUGGGGACCAAUUAGAUGAACAGCAGGAAGAUCGAAGCUAUGAAGAUCUGGAACAUCUGGAUCCUUCCAAGUCCAUCCUGCCUCAGCUUCCUAUACCAAAAAUAAGGCCCAAACAUGUACGCCAUGCCAGUGAGCCUGCUACAUUUGUGCCUAUUUCACCAUCUAACCAGCAUCGUGGCUCUUCCAAAAGCCAUGAACCACAACAACUCUCAAGACACAGACAAGGAGAGGAUGUGACCGAACAGUACAACCUGGACUUGAAUCCACCCGAGGGGUCCUCAGAUGCCCCUGCUGAAGGGGCUGUUGUGGAAGGUACCAGUUCUGUUCCUGAAACAGCCAGUAUUGACCCCAAACUGCAAAGGAAGUCCAGUGAUGAGCUGACGCAGGCUCCACUUAAAACCAAACCACGAGUGGAUAUGAGAAGACAUGUCAUGAUGACUCUACUGGACACUGAACAGUCAUAUGUGGACUCUCUGAGAACGCUGAUUCAGAGCUACCUGAAGCCACUUAAGCAGUCAGAUAACCCGCCGCUCUGCGACCCGUCUCUAGUAGACGAGAUGUUCUACCAGAUCCCGGAAAUCCUGGAACACCAUGAGCUUUUCCUGGAGCAGGUGAUCAGCUGCGUUAACGACUGGCAUGAGCGCCAGACCAUAGGCGACCUCCUCGUUCAGUCGUUUUCCAAAGAGGUGCUGGCUAACAUUUACUCGGCAUACAUCGACAACUUUUUGAAUGCCAAAGACGCAGUGAGGAUCGCUAAAGAAGCCAAACCGGCUUUCAUGAAGUUUUUGGAGCAAAGUAUGCGAGAGAAUAAAGAGAAACAAGCUUUGGGUGAUCUAAUGAUCAAACCUGUGCAGCGUAUCCCGCGCUAUGAACUAUUAGUCAAAGAUUUGCUGAAACACACUCCAGAAGAUCACCCAGACCAUGCACACCUGCUAGAUGCUCAGAAGAACAUAAAGAGAUUGGCUGAGAGGAUCAAUAAGGGACGGCGUAACGCGGAGGAGGUGGAGCGUGAGACACGGGUCAUGCAGGAGAUCGAGGCACACAUAGAGGGGGUGGAGCAUAUCCUAAAUCCUCAGAGGAAAUUCCUGCGACAGGAAAUGGUGAUGGAGGCGAAAUCAGUAGGAGGGAAGAAGGAUCGUUCGCUCUUCCUCUUCAGUGAUUUGCUGAUCUGUACGACUCUGAAGAGGAAGUCAGGCUCUUUACGCCGGAGCUCCAUGAGUCUAUAUUCAGCUGCUAGUGUCAUUGACACCUCCAGUAAAUAUAAGUUCCUGUGGAAACUUCCCUUAGAGGAUAUUGAGUUAGUGAAAGGCUCGAAUCAGGCCACCAACAGGGAUGCAAUCCAGAAAACCAUCAGCCGUCUGGACGAGGACCUCAGUACCCUCGGGCAAAUCAGCAAGCUGUCAGAAACGCUCAGUUUUCCUCACCAGAGUCUGGAUGAUGUGAUAAAGGACCUGAUGGCGUCGGUUCACAGGGAAUUAGCAGAAAAGCAGUCCCUGGCUUUCAGCAUGACCUUCUUGCCCACUAAACUGGAGCUGAGCGCAGCGUCUGCAGACAGCACGUUCAUCUUCGAGUUCAGCAGUCCAGACACACGCAGCAACUUCGAGCAGGCUUUUGAGGAGGCCAAAAAAAAGCUUGCUAUGAACAAAGACGAGUGGGACCCUGAGUUCCUGAAAGCCAUCCCUAUCAUGAAGACCCGCAGUGGCAUGCAGUUCUCCUGUGCCUCACCGAGCCACAGCAGCCCGGAGAAUGUAUGUGAGGUUUGGGUAUGCAAUAGUGAUGGCUACGUAGGCCAAGUGUGUGUCUUGAGCAUCAGGGCCGAACCCACGGUGGAGGCCUGUAUUGCCGUCUGCUCUGCUCGGAUCAUCUGCAUCGCAGCCGUGCCGGGACUCAAGAGCAGGGAGCGUGCUGAAACAAGGCACUCUGCUGCUGCACCGCCGUCUGAGUCACCACUGGCUCCUUCUGUUCAACCUCAGCUCCACAUCUCCAUCUCUCGCUCCUCUCCAGAGCUCAGUGAUCGUCCUGCUCCCACAGCACCUGAGCUAGGGCCUUUUGAAAGUGAUGACUCGGAUGACGAAGACUCACCGAGCCCCUCAUCCACGCUGCAGAGCCAAGCGUCACAUUCCACCAUCUCAUCCAGCUACGGCAAUGAUGAGGGAGCAGGUUGUAAGGAUAUAGCCCCUGAGACUACUAGUUCGGAGGAGGAACAGGAGUUCUCCAGCGGGUUUGGACCACAACGGCUGAGCGUUGAUAGCCCAAUGGAUGGGCGCGCCAUGCGCAGAUCCAGCCGAGGAUCCUUCACACGCGCCAGCCUUGAGGACCUGCUAAGCAUCGACCCAGAGGCUCACCAGAGCUCAGUGUGGCUCGGCACCGAGGACGGCUGCAUCCAUGUUUACCAAUCAUCAGACAAUAUCAGGAACAGGAAGAACAGCAUGAAGAUGCAGCACUCUGCCUCCAUCCUGUGCAUCCUGUAUCUCGACAACAAAGUCUUUGUGUCCCUUGCCAAUGGUGAAGUGAUUGUUUAUCAGAGGGAAGCAGGGAGCUUCUGGGAUCCUCAGAGUUCUCAGACUUUGUGUUUGGGUUCUCCAAGCGGUCCUGUCACUAAGAUGGUCCCAGUGGCUGGAAAGCUGUGGUGUGGCUGUCAGAACCGGAUUCUCAUCAUCAACACCAGCACUUUAACACAAGAGCACUCAUUUACAGUAGGCCAGGACACUGGGCGGUGUGUGGCCUGCAUGGUGAGCUAUGGUCAGGGUGUGUGGGUGGCUCUACAGGGCAGCGCUCAGGUUCGUCUCUACCACUCCACCAGCUACGAGAGCGUUGCUGAGGUGGACGUGGCACCUGCUGUUCACAAGAUGCUUGCAGGCUCAGAUGCUAUUAUUCGCCAGCACAAGGCUGCAUGUCUGAGGAUCACAGCUCUCCUGGCAUGUAGAGAUGUACUGUGGAUUGGGACAAGUGCCGGGGUAGUGCUCACUCUGCCAGUCCCACCUGUGACCGCCAAUGUGUCUACAGGACCUUUGCGGACUCCGCUCGUACCCACCGGGUCUGCCCAUGGCCACACCGGCCACGUCCGAUUCCUCACCUCUGUUGAGUUGCCUGAGGGCUUUGACGUCCACUUUCCCUCCCAGGCAGAGUCAGAGCUGAGCAGUGAAGCAGCAGUGCAGCAGCGCCGAUCCUCCACCCUCCUCACAGGUAAAUCCACUCUGCUGGUGAUCAGUGGUGGAGACGGCUACGAGGACUUCAGACUGAACAGCAGCAGCGAGACAGUCGGACGAGAUGACAGCACCAACCACCUGCUGCUGUGGCGCGUGUGAGCAGCACUACAUAUCAGGCCCUUGUGGCAUGAAAUCAGGCCCCGCCCUCCUUUUUGGCAGCGUGCUGCUCAAGCCUCUGAACCCUGCUACCUCUCUGCAUGAGCAUGACAGAAACUGAAAGGGUCAUUUCUAACAUUUUCUAUGUUUCGUUGUGUAAUCAGUCGUCAAGUUGUACUCUGUGUCCCACACGGUGUAAGAAUCUCGCGCUGCCUGUGUUUUACCUAGUGGAAUGUAUACGUUUAGCGUGACACAGAGAAGAGCUGACGUGGAGGAUUCGUCCACGGAAAGGAAAAAGCACUGGACGGAGAAUGAAGGAGAAAAAGAGCAUGAUGUCAGAAGCAACUGCAACGUGGGAAAAAUUAUAUUCUCAUAAUUAGAGAGUAUAACUGAAGGAAGAAUAGAGCUUACAGAUCUAAAGACGGUGAGAUGAACGAAACAGACUUGAGUGUACUGGGACGAUUGUUUGGAUUCUAAAGAUGACUGGAUAUCUCAGUGUUUCUUGUCCUGCCUCUGUUUAGAGAACGAUAGAUGAUGGAUUCGUUUACACACAGCGUGAUCAACUACUGCUCCGUCACACUGUGAUCGCGUUCAUGAACAGCAAGGUUUUGUCUCGAGCUUUACAAGCGAGGGCAAUACGAGAGUUUGUCUGUACCUAACCAAUGUGCAAUAUAAUGCUAGGGUAUCUACUUAAGACUAUAUUAUGUAUAUACACACACUCGCACAUACACAUCAACUAAAGCCACAUAUUUUUCCACCUCCGCAGUGCAGUCGGUUCAGGGAUUUUAAGAAAUGGCCUGAAUUUCCUUCAUUUAGUUUCACGAGAAAACUUCAGCAUAAGUUAAAAAAAAAGAGAGUGUUGUGUGUGAGUCUAAACCAACCAAAUCCUUUAGCCAGUAUAGACAGCAGUUACAUGCAAAAACAAAACAUACUGUACAUGAAUUUAUUGUCUUCUGCAUUAUUUUGAGUUGCAUAAAGGUAUUAACCAUAGUCUCUUAGAAAAAAGGAUUUCUUAAAGGUUCUUUACUUGGUUCUACGUUUCUGAAAGCCUUGUAAUUUGGACACUUUUCCAAAAGAAAAGUUCUGUUGUAGGAUUGUAGAACCUUCUGAAGAGAAACCAAACAGAGCAAGGUGUUUUUGGUGUGUUCAAUUAAGCAUUUAGGUUUAGUUAAAUUGUUAUCUAUUUUUGCUAUUUUUAUUUUUACAAGGAAUUUAUUAAUAGCUAUAAAUUUAGAACUCAAAAAUGGUUGGUUUUUCUGCCUAAAAUCUUAAAAGAUUUUUAAGAACCCAUCGAUGAGUAGUAGUAACCAAAAAACCCACCUUAUCCAUACUAAGAACUCUUGAAGAACCUGCUUUUUUUUUCCAGAGGGUGCAUCAUCAUCAUCAUCUCUGGUGAUCAUGUAAAUAGUUUGAGUAGCUCAAGUUGUUGCCAUGGUAAUAAAACAGCUUCACCCCAGGCUCCUGCUGCUUGGAUCCAGUAUUUUUUGUUUGUUUCUACCAGCUCUUUUGUUGUAGAAAUGCGCAGAACAGUUUCAUAUUGGAAUCUAGCACUGCGUUGGUGGAAACAGGCUUACCUGUAAGAGCAUUCUAAUAAUCAUUGACAUAUUGCCACAACCACAGCCCACUUCUUUACACAUCUUCACACUAUUCUUUCUGUUGUCCAGUUGUUUUUUGUUUUAUUUUUUCCUCUUUUAAAUACGGAGUCCAGUAGGUCAUAUAAAGGAGCAGCAAGUAUGGCUGUUGUGGUUAAAUUUUGUACAGUAUUUAUGUUUUUUUUGUUGUUGUUGCUUUGUUGGUGUUUUUUUUUUUUUUUUUUUUUUUUUUUUUUUUUUUUACAGCACUUAAUUUAUAAAGACUUCUCUUCUGUUACCUAAAAAGGUGAUGCUGUAUGACUCGUUCAUGCUACUUUCUGCUUCUGUCUGACCCACACACACAUCAGCAACAGUAAUCAGGCUCAUCAAGCACAUUUUAUACAAACAUUAUUUAUGUUUGAGUUGUCAACAUGAUAGAACCGUAUUACUGAAGAGACAGAAAAAUGAAAAUGGAAGAACUAAAAAAUGUGUCGAAUCGAAAAUGUGUCGAAUCGAAUCACACCACUGUUUUUAAAAAAAGAUUUGAAAAAAGACAUUUUUGAGCUGAGUUUAAAAACUAUUGUUUACAUUAUACAUUAUUUAACACCAGCAAUGUCUUUGCUAGUUAAACUGAAGAAGGAUCAAGUGUAUUUGUUGCUUUUGUGUGAUUUGCAUUUUCGGCUUAGUAAGCGUUCACACAGGGAGUCCCAGCAGGAAAUAGUGCAGUCAUGUUAUAGCAGAAAACAGUAAAAAAAAGGAAACAAUAACAUCAGAACAAACCUGGCUGGGAAAUUCAGUGAAAAUGUAUGCACUAUAAAUACUUCUAUGAUGCAUUAGCUGCUCUGAAAGAUGAGGAGAAGGCUGGAACUUUGCAGCCUGUAGUUAGAGCAACGGUGUCUGAUCAUGGACGGGAAAGGGCUGGUAUGGGUGCAGGGUUUCACUCCAACCAAGCAAAAGCCACACUAAAGUCUACAUAAUGUUAAGAUCAACAGGUGGAAUCAGGAAUGUGGCUGCUGCUUAACUGAGAUGAAAACCUGCACCCACACUGCUUUGUGGAUAAGAUCAGACACCCCUGAGCUAGAGCCUGCUUUACAGAGCAGACAGUGUUCUGAUGUAAAUAACUAAAAAUUGAUGUCAAUCAUUAGACACGGUUUGAGCAUUUUGGGGGUUUAAAGUCAGUAGGUGUUCCCGUGGUCUAGACAGCUACACCGGACAUUUGAGACCUUAUUAUCUGUAAUAUCUAAAAACAAAACAAGGAAAUAAGAUUCAAUUCUCAUUAGAAUAGGUGGAUUUAAAAAAAACAUUUUUUUUUUUGAUUGACAUCAAGAGAGCUGGCGAGGGAGCGAUUACUUAUAGUUGUUAAAACCCAAGUAAUAAAAUUAAAAAUAGUGAGAAAGCAUAAGAGUGUGUAAUGAUUAGCAUAUUGCUGUGGUGGAAAAGGAAGAACACACUCCAGGAUGUGUUACAAGAAAACAGUUGGUUUUGUUUCAGGCCAGGAAACAUUGUUUUCCUGUAACAGCGAACUCCACCAUGUCAUCGUGUUUUAUUUCUUAAUUUUAUCUGCUUUAUCUGCUCAGACUUAUAAACAGUACUGAAUUGUAUUGAUUGCUGAUCUGUUUUCUAAUGGCUGCCUCUUAUUUCCGAGACACAGGGUAGUGUGUUAAAGCCUGUAAGUGUUGAACAUGUUUCAGAAAAGGAUUACAGUUAAGAUAAUUUACCAAAAGAUGAUAUGUCAUUAGACAUUUAGUCCAAUAUCUUGUCAGAGUAACAUGAGUGUUUAGUGCAUCCCAUGAGUCACUUUAAGAUAACGUAUUGAAAUUUCUGGAAAGUUCUUGAAUUUGUCUGGCUGCCUUUACCUAAAGAUAAAGAAAGAGAUUAGAACCAAAUGGAGAGAUGAUUAGACAUAUACUGUUAAAAACAGAUUUUCAUUCUUGUUUUUUUUUUUGUUUUUUUUUUUACCACUUUAACAGAAUUCAUGCACACACUAUGAGAUUUUCCAAGACCACAAACACACACACUCACAAUCUUUGAUUUAGAGUAGAGCUGUCAAACUGUGAUAUUUUGUUGUUGUUGUUAGUUAGUUAGUUACAGCAAAAGAAGUUUUCCCAAACCGACACACACUUAUUCUUUGUAAAUCAUAUUUUUCCCAGAAAUCAACCUCUGUCUGUCACACUAUAACGUGUGUAAACGUUGCACGAAGCAUCAAUCUUAAACAUCACUUCUUUUUAAAAGGAUGUGAUGUAAACAUAAUAUAAAAUGUAUAAUACAAAACACAUCCUUUUAAGCAUCAUCUGUAUUUUAUUUUUCUGUAUUUUAAUCUCACACUUUUGGUUUCUGUUUGCUUUCAUCAGUAGAUGAUGGGAAAGAGUGAACACACUCUUCCAUCUCCUCCCUCUUUUCCCACGGGAUAUAACAGAAGCAGCAUAAACGAGAUAGUAAAAUAUUUCUGCAGCUGCUGACAGACAGCAAUACAGUAUGUGACAAAAGGGUUUGACUCAAAGUGAUGAUCUAUGUAUAUGGCUGUAUAUGUACACAUUUAUGUAAUUUAGCUUGAUACAGUGGUCACGUGUGGGGAAAAAAUCUUAUUCUUACUGGUGUGACUGCAAGCAACAGAGUUGAGAGCACGUACUGUAUCACACAGACAGAGGUCUCCACUCAUUGUCUCGGCUUGAACAGAGUGCCAGUUGGCUGUUUAUUUAGCAAACACUUGCUCUGUGAGAAUGUGUGUGUGUGUUUCAGUCAUGCGGGUUUGCACACAUUGUUAUCCAUGCUGGGUGUGUGUGUGUGUGUGUUUACUUGUUGUUUUCAUUCAUAGUAGAACCCUUGUGAUCUGUUUUUUCAUAUGGUUGGUGCACUUGCAUGUCCUGAUUUUGCAAAUUUGAUCCUCCAAUCAGAAACACAAUAACAUAACAUCACUGCUAGUCUUUCUUUUCUUGAUAUCUUGAUUUAUCUCAUACCAUGUACAUAAUGAUAAUUACUUACAACUGCUUUAACCAACACAGUGAUAUACCAUCACAAGGUAUUAGCUGCUGGAACCUGAGUAUUUUUUAACAAUACAAAUAAAAGACCAUGAUGUUGGAUUUGAUCCGUCACUGCCUAGCUUAGCUAGCCUUAAUGUGACCUCUAAAGCUAUCUGAACACCUAGCUAAUGUGUCAUCAGUAGCCGGUAGCUAGCCAGCCAGCUAGCAUCAGGUAAACUACCGUAUUUUGUAAGGAGGUAUGGUGUGCAGUGGGCCAGAGCAUCAGACUCCUCAGUUCUUCAGCUCUGCUUACUCUCUUUAUGGAGUUUUGCACAUUUGCCAAAUGUCGUUCUACUUCUACAGAUUUCUCCCACUUCAUAGUAACAAGCCAGUAUGCCAGCAGAAAGUUGUUUCCAGGGUAUGUUCACAUCUCACGGCCAAUGAAAGCUACCCUGACCCUUACCAGGAUAAAGUGCUUAAUUAGGAUGAAUGAAUAAAUCGUAUUGUAUAAUUAACUCUGACCAAGUUACCUAGCUAACUUUAAGCAAUCUGUUAUCAGUGAUUGUCUGAGCCAUUUACACUUACAUUAUAAAUUCCCUGAUUCCAUCUCACCUGCAGCUACACUCAUUUUUAGAUUUACUGUAGUUAUUGAAGAACUGAAUAAUAUGCUGAUGUGUGUGUGUGUGUGUGUGUGUGUGUGUGCGAGAGCUCUUUCUAGAUGUUAAAGUUACAAACGUUUGUUUUGGUGUGCUGUAUCUCCACAUCUAGAAAAUCAGGCACUGAGGGCUGAUGAUUUUGUGGCAUUUCGAAGAAUCGUGCUUUAUUUCACACAGUGAACAUGUCUAGAGAAGCAUAUUUUCAUAAGAUAGCACAUAUAUGAGCAAAACAACUAUCAAAUCCGUAACUCCAGUGUGUUUGUAAGUAGCCAUUUCCAGCCAUUUUAUUGUGUGAAGGAAGUCAUUGUGUUUAUUGUAAAUUUGGAUAUAUAUGACCUUUUUCUGUACAUAGUGCUCUCUCUGUCUAUAUUGUUGAUAUAAAUCUGAUGGCAUAUUUUUAUAUACUUGUUUAAGUUUUCUUGGUUUGGUUUUGUUUUGUUUUUUUCCUUCAGCAUGUCCUCUGUACUGCGAUAUUUAAAUAACUGUGUCGUCAUUUAGAAGAAGAGCCUCGCUUCUCUGUCCCAAUCCUCGUUAUGCUUCUUGUGGGUUUCUAUGAAAUUAAAAACGAUCACUGGUUCCCAGA